AUGUUGACCACAAGACCCUCAUUGACCUUUUGGAUAUACCGCGCCUCGAUCAUUUUGGCUCUCUGCCACAGCGCGCUCUCCAAUGCGACCGCCCAGCCACCCCCGAACGGGGCGCAAACUGCUCACCACACAACACCAGCGACAUGUCCAGCGAAGAGUACCUGGCAGACCGAGUCCGAGCUCUUCCAUCUGCCGCCGUGUCUGGAGACGCGCUGGGGGCCGGGUCGCGAUAUCUACCUUGCCUCGGCGCCCGAUACAAAUGCGACAGCCAACGAGCCGGUCGUGAAUCCACCUAUAAUCCCGAGCGGGACGCCAGGAGAGAGAGCGAAAACGAUCGCCGACCAGAGCGCCGAACAGGACCAAGAUACGGACUCGCUAUUAGACGGUGGUAAUUUCCUCUCUUUUGAGGACUGGAAGAAGCAGAACCUAGCGAAGGUCGGACAAUCAGCCGAGAAUGUUGGAGGGAGCAGACGCGCUGCGGCUGCUGGGAAGGAAGAUCGUCGGCAGCCGACUGGAAUCAAUAAUGCUUUGGAUUCGCUGGGCGACGAUGCCGAGAUCGAGUUGGACUUUGGUGGGUUCGGCGCUGAGACGCCCGAGGCUAGUCCUACCGCUUGGGGCUCGCAUAUCCCGUCUCGCGAGGCUGGGCAGUCGGGGAAUGCGGAUGGCAGAGGCAAUGUGGAUGUGCAAGGGCAGGGUGCGCUCCAGAGAGAUGCGUCGCGUCGUAAGGAUGCGGGCACUACUUGCAAAGAGCGGUUCAACUAUGCUUCCUUUGACUGCGCAGCUACGGUCUUGAAGACGAAUCCUGAAAGCAAGGGUUCUUCUUCUGUGCUCAUUGAGAAUAAGGAUAGCUAUAUGCUCAAUGAGUGUCGCGCGCAGAACAAAUUUCUUGUUCUGGAAAUGUGUGAUGAUAUUCUGGUUGAUACGGUUGUCCUUGCAAACUAUGAGUUCUUCAGCUCCAUCUUCCACACGUUCCGGGUUAGUGUCUCCGAUCGGUAUCCCGCGAAACCAGACCAGUGGAAAGAACUCGGGGUGUAUGAGGCACGCAACACUCGUGAGGUGCAAGCCUUCGCAGUAGAGAACUCGCUUAUUUGGGCUCGAUAUCUGAGAAUUGAGUUCCUCACGCACUAUGGGCAUGAGUUCUUCUGCCCCGUCAGCUUGAUUCGGGUGCAUGGUACGACCAUGAUGGAAGAGUACAAGCAUGGCGAGAGCUCUGAUCACGUUGAGGUUGAGGAGUUGGAGGCCAGUGAAGCUAUUCAGGUUCCCGAAGACCUGGAGAUCAAGCCUGUGGAAAUGCCAGUCGAGGAAUCUAUUCCUGCGGUGGAACCUAGCCAACCUAGCCUUACAGUGGAGGAGAUUUGUCCAAACCCUCCAUCAGAGGCUGUCUCGCCUUUUGCGACGCAUAAUGAUGGAGAUACAUGCAGCAUUGAUGAUGGACCGCUUUUUCCGACUCCAUCGUCGUCAGCCACAACGGAUCAGACCAAUCCACCACCGAAACAGAACUCUACUGCUGCAGUUGGAGGUAGUCCCUCCGCGACCAAUGUCGCACCACCCGCCCCUUCAAAAGCUGAGGAUAUCCGAAAACAGGGCGAGCCUGCCAAAAGUGUCGUGGCCGCUCCGGAUGCCUCAAGCGUAUCUUUCGAGCCUGCUCAGCAGAACGCCACAUCCGAGACCGCAGGGAAACCUACUACCAACCCAAAAGAGGAGCAGAACAGCCCUCUUCCAGAAUCGACAAGACCUACCAACACUCAACCGCCAUCUGCAAAUCCCACGACCCAAGAAUCCUUCUUCAAGUCCGUCCACAAGCGGCUCCAGAUGCUCGAGUCGAACUCAACCCUGUCUCUUCUCUAUAUCGAGGAACAAUCUCGCAUCUUGCGCGAUGCGUUCAACAAGGUUGAGAAGCGGCAGCUAGCGAAGACAUCUACCUUCCUUGAAAGUCUCAACGUCACUGUUCUCAACGAAUUGAGAGAAUUCCGCGAGCAGUACGACCACGUCUGGAAGUCUGUUGCUCUUGAAUUCGAGCACCAGCGCAUUCAGUACCACCAAGAAGUCCACUCCCUCAGCGGCCAGCUCGGUGUUCUUGCAGACGAGCUCGUUUUCCAAAAGAGAGUCACCGUGAUCCAGAGCAUCAUGGUCCUCUGCUGCUUUGCCCUCGCCCUGUUCUCACGGGGGUCGGGAAGCAACUAUAUGGAAUUCCCUGCCGUUCAAAGAAUGGUCGCUCGGUCCUACAGUCUGCGGUCUUCAUCUCCAAUUUUCGCCACACCAUCGGCUAGCCCGGGGUCGACACGCCCGACUUCGUCCUCAUACCGUGAGAACGGUGGCCAUCGCAGAAACCUCUCCGACUCGUCCCAAGAUAGCGCUACUAGUCCGACCGCUGCUUAUUCCCCGCCGACUCCUACGUCUUCUUCUUCUCCAGAACGAGAUGUCGGGGAGACAGACAGGGUGGAAGAACCCGUCUCUCCCAAGUCUAUGUCUGUGCCUACUCUGGGGACACCACAACCCCGUUCUCAGAGUACACCGCCUGUACUGAAUGGGCGGCCUGAUGACCUGGACAUGACUACACCGGACGAUGUCGCCCGGGUUACCGAUACUCCACAGUCACCUGAGCUGUGA